AUGGCCGACGAUAUAGAAGACGAUCAGUGGUUAUACGGCGAUACGCCGGAUAUUAGCGCUGCAGAAAAUGAAACUACCGAGAAAGAACCACCUGAGUCCGAAGAAAACGUCCCCCAAGAGGAUUCGGUAUCGCAAGAAUUUCAGCCGCCUGCAGACGAUGGCCCCCCUGGCGUAGACGCCGAAGAAACCGAAAAAGACAAGGAAAAUGAGGAGCCCGGCCCAGAGCCGAUGGAAGACGGGGAAGUCCAACAAAACGGCGAUGAUAGCGAAAGGGAAGACGAUGACGAUGACAGUGAUGAUGAUGUUAACGUUGUAAUCGGUGAUAUAAAAGCCACUACGCCUUCGUAUACAUCGCUUAAUAUCAAGAGAACCGGUCUGCUUACUUCGGUCGAUAAAAAUAAGCAGGUUCAGCAACAGCCUACUGGGAAAUUUGCUGUCGAAGAAUUUGAGCAAAUCGGUACAAUUAACGGAGUACUAGCUUCCGAGUAUAAUUUAGAUUCUUUGGAGGAUAAACCUUGGAAGAAGCCCGGUGCUGAUAUUACCGAUUAUUUUAAUUACGGUUUUAACGAAGAUACUUGGAGAGCCUAUUGCGAAAGGCAAAAUAGAAUGAGAUUAAAUGAAUCCGGCGCUGGCUUAGUACCGAUGACCAUGAUGGCUGGCAUACCCCGAGGUCCGGUGCCCAUUAUGAACGACAACAGUAAAUACGGUAAUAAAUAUUUAGGUGGCAAUCAGCAGAGGAACAUGCAACAGCCAAUCAAUAAAGUCGAUCAGGUGCCGAAAGUCAACACUAUACAAGUAAUGACGGCGGAUCGAAGAGAGUACAGCAGAAAACCAGGAUUCCCCGAUAUGACAGUACCCCCGCCCGCCACGUUCGAGCCCUACCAUCAACCGGAAUACGGCUUCAACCCCGAGCCGGAGCCUUUCUACGGCGGUGGUUACGAACCAACGCAAGACUCCCAAUGGGGUAAAUGGAGUACCGAACCUCCUCCCGGUUGGACACCGUCGGAAUUGAAGACUUUAACGGGGCCCCCGCCGAUGGGGCCUCCGCAAAUGCAUAUGGGCUUGCCUCCUAUGAUGGGAAUGAGGUCUCCGAAUAGCAGAAGGGACUCUAGUCCUCACAAAGAAAGGGAACGGGAUAAAGAGUCUAGGAGUCGAUCGGAGAAGCCUAGGGAUAGGGACAGGGAGCGGGAAAGAUCUCAUAGAAGGGAAAGAUCGAGAAGUAGAUCUAGAAGGCACCGAUCCAGGUCUCGUAGCCCCAGUCAUAGAUCCCAUAGGAAGAAGAAGUCCAAGAGGCACGAUGAUAGCGAGUAA